AGGAGCAGGAGCCCGGCUCUAGGAUGAAGUUCAAGCCCAACCAGACGCGGACGUACGACCGCGAGGGCUUCAAGAAGCGGGCGGCCUGCCUGUGCUUCCGCAGCGAGCAGGAGGACGAGGUGCUGUUGGUGAGUAGCAGUCGGUACCCAGACCAGUGGAUUGUCCCAGGAGGCGGGAUGGAGCCAGAGGAGGAGCCCGGCGGUGCUGCUGUGAGGGAAGUAUAUGAAGAGGCUGGAGUCAAGGGAAAAUUAGGCAGACUCCUGGGAAUCUUCGAGCAGAACCAAGACCGGAAGCAUAGAACGUAUGUUUAUGUUCUGACAGUCACUGAAAUAUUGGAAGACUGGGAAGAUUCUGUGAAUAUAGGAAGGAAGAGAGAGUGGUUCAAAGUAGAAGACGCAAUCAAGGUCCUGCAGUGUCAUAAGCCUGUCCAUGCCGAGUAUCUGGAAAAACUAAAGCUGGGGUGCUCGCCAGCCAACGGGAAUUCCACCAUCUCUUCCCUCCCGGACAGCAAUGCCUUGUUUGUGACGGCCGCUGGACAGCCCUCCGGGGUGCCGUCCAGUGUAAGAUAGAGCUGGGGACCUUCCCCCACCACAUCCUGUCACCACGUCACAGGGAGAGGCUUUUUUACUUUUCUUCUAACACAUCCGACUGCUGCUGGCAAACUCGGAAUCUGCCAUGCAGGGAUUUCAAAUAAUUUGCAUGUGUUUCAGAUGCUUUCAAGUCUUUUAAAGUAAACAACAAAAUAGCAUAAAAAUAUUUUAAGAUGCCAAAGCCAUAUGGGAUUUUUUUAGAGCCUUAAUUAUAACCUUCCACCCCAUUACUUUGGUUUUCAUUUUUUUAUGACCCCCCACCCCCACUUUUGUCCACUUGACAUCAUUCUGUGGUUUAUUUUGCCUGGUCUUAUUAAAUAAGUUGUUGGGUAUGUAUUUUCACACACACCAUUUUUUUUCUUAGAGUAUGAAAUAGUCACCAGAUCUUUGUGUUGGGAAUUAAUGAAGAGAUCCUCAGUAUUUAAAGAUAUAUCCACCCCAAAGCUUGUUUAAGAGGGUCAUAAUCUCCAUUUGUAAACUACAGAUUUGGGCUGUAGUCUUUGACCAAGUACUUCAGUUCACUCUCUCCAAGAAUUGGAAUGUUCACAGCCUACUGUCACGGUCAACCUACUAGGACUGUUUCCCCUACCACUGUAGUGAUUCAAUAUAAAACACAAAGAGCUCGUCCUUCUGGGGAAAUACUGUCAGCAGCUUGCAUGUGAUUGAGUGCAUCUCAUCCUGAGAACUGUAUUUAUAGGCGUUUAUUAGCAUGCUCAGUUGUCAGUUCCCUCUGGGACCCUUUGAACAUAGGAUACAUUAAGGCCACAUUUCCCUCGAUGGAGAUUGUUCUUUUUUUGUUGAUUUAGUGACAUCUCUUUAGUGAUUGUUAAAUCAAUUUACCGCAGGAUUCGAAUCUAACCUCGAGUCCCAGUCAGUGAUGACUGCGUCACGGCUAAAUAAAAUGGCCAUUCCUGUUCUUCGCUGUUCCAGGCCUAAGACAGGGCGCGUCUGACUCUCCCCUGUUGUCCGAGUGUCAGUGAGUGGUCUGUGGUGUAAGUUAACUGUAGGGGACCCAGAACGUAGGAGCCAUCCUGUGAAAGAGAACCUGGUCUGGAACUCGUACACUUCCUCCAGGUCGGAAGUGACAGGGGAGGGAAAGCUUCGGCAGAUGUGGGAUGAGGAAAAGAUCAUUCUUGACGUAGCCAUCGUUAACCUUUUGUAAAUACUCUCACUGGCAAGCAUAAAACAGGGAAUUCAGUAAGACAUUUGUUCUGUAACUUGUUAACCUCUAAAAUGCUGAAAUGGUCCUUACGUGUAAGGAAAACUGGUUCUGAAAAUGAGAUCUUGUGCCACAAACGCAGCAGAACUAAAUAAAAAUGUUAGUUUACAAAUUAACGCUGUCAAAGUAAUGAGUAAAGUAGAAAAACUCAACCAGUAACAUUCAUUCUGAAUUAUGUAAUCACACAUGAUCAUUCAGACCUUUUAUAUUUUUCUUUGUACAGAGGUCAUGUAUUGUUUUUUUCUUUCUUUUUUUUUUUAAGGAAACAUUUUAAAACCCACAGAUUGACAUUUUCUAUCAGUUGCCAAUAGACUUUUUCCUCACAAAUGUCUGCAAUUUCUCUAUGUACUAAACACAACAGAGAAACUGGACUGCUUUGUAUAGAAGAAUACUGCUUCCAGCUAACAUUAUCACAAGUGCUUGGGGGUCUAAAUGUACAUGAUAUUUUCAGAGUAACAGUGCAUGAACUCAUUUUAUAAACCCUUGGACUAUGUAUUGCCAUGUAAAAUAUGUACAGUAUUAAUGUCAACCAUCUCUUUAAAGUUAGCCUAUAAAUAUUGUUGUAUAAUUUCUUUGGUCGGAACAUUUGGACUACGUCAUGUCACCUGGGUCAGGAUUUUCUUCAGUGCUGUUUAGCAAACCAACUGUCUUUAGUCUCUGCCAGUAGCAAAGGAUUUCCAGAAUGCAGCUUCACUGUUCAAUUUCACCCGAGGGCUCCCUAUUUCUCUCCUGGAACCCAGAGACCAGCAGGAUUAUAGAGGAAAAGAACUGAGGUGAUUCAGUUCUCUUAAAAGUAGUUGAGUCUACUAAAAAGGUAAUGUCUCCCAUCUCAGACCUCUGCCGUCUGCAGUGCUGAGACUUCUGUGUGUGCUUAUUUGUGGAGUAGCUGAAUAAAAUCGGGCAGCUAAAUUCUUCAGUUCCAUGUGCCUCCUAAGUUAAAAACAACAACAAAGAAAUUGUUUUAAUUAAAUUGACUUGCAGAAAAGUAGAAGCAGCCCUGUGUGGUGUUUCCCCACCAAGCACAUGAGAUCCAGUUCUUUUUGUCAAUCACAUUGUAGGAAGCAGAGAAGGAAGAAUCGCUUUGCAUGGUCUCACUUGAGAUGGUCUCAUUCGAACUGGUGUAAGAAUCUUGACUUUUUUACAUUUGGAAAUAUCAAAUAAAAAUGGAAACAUAA